CGAUUGGGUGUGUGCCCGCGGGAGGUAGAUGGACCAAAUAAAUAAAACUGGGACUUCCAGAUAUAUAAAAAAGUAUCCGACGGCUUGCACGUGAGUGAAUAUUGGUUUAGGCUUCCAGUUGAAGCCCCCACACAGCAGCACUGGAACAAAACAUCUUAAAUCCGAACGCAGGAUCUGUUGCGUCGCCCAAGAUGGCUUCUCCGGGGGCCGUCUUUCGCCACCUGCCGCUCAUCAAACACUCGCUCAUCGCGCUCAUCGGCAACACCGGGCUCUUCGUCAAGUUCGUGUGCGUGCUGCUGAUAAUCGGGUACGGGCUGUCCUUCUCCGAGGCGGCCGUGGAGGUGCUGAGCGUCACCCCGGGGUACCUCCUGCCGCCCACCUUCUGGCUCUGGACGGCCUUUACGCACUGCUUCCUGGAGGUGCGGCUGUGGCAGGUCUGCGUGGAUUUGGUAACCCUGGGACUAUGCGGGAAGUUAAUCGAGCCGCUGUGGGGGAGCUUCGAGAUGGUGCUGUUCUUCCUGCUGGUGAACGUGUGCGUGGCCUUCAUCUCGGCACUCUUCUACCUCAUCAUCUACAUGUGCACCUUCAACCCCGAGGUGCUGUUCAGUGUGCAGAUCAACGGCAUGGCGGGGUACAUCGCUGGGCUGUCCGUAGCGGUGAAGCAGAUUAUGCCAGACCAUGUUCUCCUGCACACCCGCACGCCCCUAGGGAAGGUGUCCAAUAGGCAUGUCCCGCUGUUGCUCUUCCUGACGGCCCUGCUGCUAUAUGUGUGCCACCUGCUGGAGGGGCUCUACACCACUAUGAUCGGGUGUGGCAUCGCGGUGUCGUGGGUGUACCUGCGGUUUUAUCAAGUACACUCCAACGGCACGAGGGGUGAUAUGGCGGAGACCUUCGCCUUCUCCUGUUUCUUCCCAACAGUCCUCCAGCCCCCCAUCCAGGCGGUGGGAGAUGCAGUGUACUCGUGUCUGGUCAGGGUGAGGCUGUGCCGGAGACCCAUCCGGCGGUACGAUGUAGGGGCGCCGUCCUCCAUUGCCAUCUCAUUGCCGGGCAUGGACCCCCACGAUGCAGAGAGACGGAGACAAAAAGCACUGCGUCUGCUCAGUGCUCGUCUCAAUCAGGACAAGAAUGAAGGGGGAUCAGCGUGGCCCACCCUGGAUGACUCUCCCGGCUCCCGCGGUCAGUCUCCCACCCCAUCCACCAAUCCUCCCUCCACUCACACGUCAUCCCUCACGCCCAAGUCCAGCAAGUCAGUUACCAUUGCUGUACCAUCCGACAGUACUGAGCUGCCUUCCUCUCCCAGCCAAGCAAGUACGGUGCCUCCUCCCUCCUCCUCCACCUCCCCCUCCUCCCCUGUAUCUCCCAGCAGCAGUAGUGCAGGCCCAGCCACAGCCACGCUAGUGAACCUUGAACAAGAGACCUCGCCUGCCACCUAACUAUCUCUGUGACUGGCAGCAGAGUUUGGCCUUGUUUUUACUAGUUUUAAGAAAUUUAGCCAUUUCUUGUAAUGCCUAGGAUAUUUUUUAUUAUAUCCUGAGUGAUAAGAAAGGGAGGCAUUAGGGAGUAUUUACUACAGGUAAGAAAGAGGAAAUUUUAACUGUUUACCAAGUACAUAACAGCAAAUUAAUUCCUUUUGUAUAUUAUAGAGAGGGAAGAGGACUUCAUUACAUAUGUAUAUUAGUAAACCCAUUGUUUAAUUCAUUGUAAUUGAUGAUCAAUAUACCAGUCAUACUAUCAUGCAUGCACAAACACCCACAUCAUCACGUUCAGAGCUGUCCUGAGAGACUCCUGAGGGGGACAGCAAGGUACCACAAGGAAUUGCACUGAGCUAGUCAUAGGAAGAGCUUCAUGGAUGUCAUUGUGAGUUUUUUGUGCGCACAAGGAUGGGAUGUGUCAUUUGGGUGCUUCCUUACCCCCAAGAAUCUUGGCUGUUUGUAGUUUUGUAAUAAUUAUUAGGUGACUGAUAUCAGUGAAUUGAUGAAAACCAUUUAGUACAUAUUGUGAUUGAUCUGUCCCUUCUGUUUAUAUACUUUAAGAUACCUUUUAUUAAAACUUAUGAUGCACCUGUGCAUUUAGUGGUUCAUAGACAAUUUUGCUCUAUCUAGAGUCAUCAGAACACACACACACACACACACACACACACACCACACACACACACACACACACACACACACACACACACACACACACACACACACACCACACCACACCACACCACACACACACACACACACACACACACACACACACACACACACACAAUUUCAUCCAUUCUCAUAAUUUAUUUUCAUUAUACAUAGCUUGAUUUUUUUUUUUCAAAUCUGAAUUAUUAUGUUUCAUUAGUUUUGUAGCCAGCCAUGUGAAUUCACAAUCUGUUGUGUAUAUUUAUGCAAUAUGCCUGUUUUAAUAUGUAAGAAAAUCCAUCCCUCUCUAGUCCAGCAGAGCCUGUGUUUUGUGAUUGCCAGUGUGGUGCAUCAGUGUGUUGUCCAGGGUGGCAGUCUGAGAAAGUUCUGUCUCUGAAAAUAAAAUCUCACUAUCAUUUGCUUUUCUUUCAUGUUUUGGACUGACAAAAAAAAAAAAAAAUGAUAAUUAUGAAGUGGUGUAUAAAGGUACUAAAUGACUUACAAUUAAUUUAUUUUUUUAUUAUUUUUUAUUUUUUUUACUAUGCUAGAGUAGAAAAUUUUGACCAAUGAAAUAAAUCUUUACUUAGUGUCAGGAGUUAAAACAUUAAUAAUCUUAGUAACAUUUUGCUGGAAAGUUUUUUUUGUGAUGUCUGCUGUAUAAGCCACUGUACAGACCAACCAAACUAGCCUUGCCUUUCAAGUAAGCCAUGCUAAGACUUUCUUCAUCUCCACACAAACCAAGCUCACUCACUGGCUUGCCAUCAAUUUUGUUACCUAUACUUCUGUCUGUGUCAUGGCCUCUUAGAAACCUGACUCUUCACUAUGUAUAUUUUUAUGUGAAGCCCCCAACUUCACAACUAUUGUUUUCUCUAUGAUGGCCAAAGAAGAGGAAAUGAUUCUUUCAUGUGAAUGUAUAAACUCAGCUAAUUGAUUUGAUGUUUUGAUACAAUCAUGCAUUGCAGGUCAUGCAAACCUGCAUUAAUUGGUAUUUAGGUGAUGCUUUAAAGUAGAUUCAGUAUCAGCGAUGAAAAGGGAAAGGGAUAGUAGAAUUUGUGUGUGGUGUUGUCUUCAUUAAGAAUUAAGAUAUUCAUGAUCAGUUAUUUAAAAAAAAUACUUAUUGAAUAUUUCAUGCAAAGUAAUUUCCUCCAGGGCAGCUUGAAACUACUGAAGCUGGUGAUAUUUCCCAGCCUGAUGUUUGGUUCACUUAUAUGGUGUACAUAAAGAUAUUUUAAAGGAGCACAUUGUUGGUUGCUAGUCUUGCAUUAGGUAAUAAGGUAAUAGGAUUGUGUCAGCUGGUAAGCAAAUGCUGAAUAGCUCUUCUGGGCAUUGUCCUUCCAAAGUUGGUUAUGAUUAUUAUAAACUUUGCUGUUCAUAUAAGUCUUCCCCUAUCAUAUGAUGUAUAUUUUAAAAGGAUUGGAAUGUGCAGUGGCAUAUGCAGCACUGAAAAGUAAUGUAAUGAGUUUUCCCCACGUACAUGUGUUUGUGUGUGCAUGCAUAACCAUACACAUGUGUGAAUGCGUGGUGUGCAUGAGUAUGUUUUUGUGCAUUCAUACAUGUAUAUGUUUGUAAUGGUGUGUACAUGUUGACAUGCAUAAAUACAGUGUGUGUGUGUGUGUGUGUGUGUGUGUGUGUGAACAGUAUUCAUGUGGAUCACUGGGCUGCAUGUUAGAAUUUGUUAAACAAAAUCACACAAGGAUUUAAAGUAUAAAUGUUACAUAAUCAAAGGUGUGUUAACUCUUUACAAACAGUUUAAAAUAUGUAUCACUGAGUUUUUGGAUGAUAAGAUAAGUAGAGAGAAGACUGAUGCUAUUCUAAUUCAACACUGCAAACAAAAGCAAGCUAGAACAAGACAACAUAUUAGUUACAUAAAUGGAUUAAACUAAAUAUACUUGGUUUGCAUUAACAUGCUCUAAAUGUGCAUGUGCUAUACAUGUAUGCACUCAGCCAUUAACCAUCUGGUUUUUAAAUAUCUUUUGAAAAUGAAUGCACAAUAUUCAUUUGGGACAUUCAACAACUCUGAUUUAGUACAGGCCACACAUCCAUGGCUGGUGACAUGGAAGUGUAGUUUAUAACAGUAUUCAAAGAAGUAGAGCUCAUCAUUCUAAAAGGAAAGUUUCCUUCUUUUAUGUGAUAUGUGAAAUGUAAUGAAUAAUAACUAAAUUAAUUUAUCUUCUAUAAUAUCUGAAAUAUAUAUGUGAAUACAAAUAUAAUUUUGUAUAUAUCUCACUCAGCACUACAAAUAACUUACAAACUAUAAAAUCAACUUUUGUUUGGCAGAAUAAGAGUCAAUAGUAUAACUGUAGUAGAUGAGUUACAAGAGAAGAUUUUUAACCCCUUGAUUAUGAAAAUAUCUUCUUUAACUAAUAGAAUCUUCUAAUGGUAUCCAGAGUUAAAUGGAAUUGAUGGUUUUAAAUUGAAAGAGAAUUGGUAAGGCAAAGUUGGGAGCAUAUUCUAUAGCUGUGUGGUCGUGGUAAUCAUCUCUGUCUCAUUGGUCCUUGAACUUGCAGUGUGCGAGACCCCAUUACGCUGGAACGUAGGGCAAGUGGAACAUCCAGGUUAUCACAGUUUUACCUCUCUCAGGUAUCCCCAGGUACCCAUUUAUCAAUAAACCUGAGAGGGAGAUUCAGAAGCUCAUUGAACUGCAUGCCAACUGUGCAAGGAUGACACAAAAUCUUGAAGAGUUCCACUUUUUUCUUUUUUUCUGUGGGUGCAGUGGUUAGCAUGCCUACUUAUAAAUCCAUGAGCCUGGGUUUGAGUCCUGGCCCUGGCAGUUGGUAUGCACAGCUCACCCAACUGUUCAUUCUCCCUUUUGGGCUGGUCGAUUAAUGGGCACCUGGGGAGACCUGGGGAGGAUAAACUAUAUUAACCCAGAUGUCACACUGGCCCUGUAUUGUAGGGUAAUGAGUUCUUACCCACCAUAGGCUGAAGGGCCAAUGUGACAGAGAUGAGCACUGAGGCCAUGUGCAGCUGUAGCAUAUGCUCCCAACUUUACUUUUAUCAUUCAUAUAUAGUUUAUGUUUAAAAAAAAUUGUCAUCUUUCCUUUAGGAAGUAAUUUUGCUUCAGUGAACACAGUUAUUACAUUUCCAUAUUACUAAACAGGAAAGUAUAAUGCAAGUCCCAAGUCUGUACUGAAAGAGCCGAAUUGUUGAAUGUUCUUGUUUCAACCUUGCUUACCACACACAUAUAAGCACAUGUGAGCACAUGCACUUACAGGAAUACACACACACACACACAUAGGAAAACUCUAGCCAUUAACUAAGAAAAUAAACCCUUUCAUCUUCUAUAAUAUAAGAAGUUUGGGAUGUACAGUGUAGGAAAUGGUUACUUUGAUAUAUCUUUCAAUAUACACUUGUCAUUCUUCAAUUUCUGUUUUUUUCCCAGGAAAUGGUCUUUAGUCAUUCUUCCCUUUCUAAACUUUGUAGGAUGAUAUUUAAUUUUCACAUCAUCAUCCCUUUACCAAGCUUCAUUUUUAUUCAUUCUUGCUUGCUUUUUAUCACAGCUUUUAUGUAUUUUUAUGUAAAAGUUUCUUGUCAUCCCUCAACCAUACAUUGUUAUAUUUUUUACAUUUUACUGGCUUUCCAUGCUCACUUCUUUGAACAUUGUUAUUCGUUGCUACACCAUUAUUUUCAGGUACAAGAUCUAAAAUACAUAGUGGUAUGAAAUAUGAGGUAAUUUUUUCCAACUUUUCAUACAUUUUUGUAUUUUUAUCUUCUUACAAAAAGAUCUAUUUGUACAGUUCCUUUUCAAAUUUCAAUGCUCUUAUUUUUUCACUAACAUAAUUCCCAUGUCCUACUGCUUCUGCUAUGAAUCACCAGUAUUUUUCACUUAGUUUCAUGCUCAUAUUUUGUCUCCAAUCAAUAACUUUGUUUGCCUUUUGAUUUCUGAUCUUUAUGAUUGCUGUUUUCACCAUCAUCCUGUUUGCAUUUAAUGGUGACCAACACAAUUUGGUUUGUUGGUUGAGGGUAAUUUUUUUGUUUUAGUUCAUUUAGGUGGAAUUCUGUACAGGGAUUAUAAAAAUCAGAAAGUGGUCAACAAUGCCCUUUAUCCUCACAUACACCUGCCUACACUUGACAGCCCUAAGGAUGAGGGGUCAUUUUGGUAAAAAAAAGAUUGUUUGAACUAAAGUUAUAUGACUGUAGACUGCCAGGGUUUACACAUCAUUUGUUGAUUGAGUGAGUGUUGUUACUUAUAGAAUAUAUUGUUAGUAUCAAGAAGUGUGUUGGAGUGAUCCAGUGAUUCAGUUCUAGCAUAGAUAACUUGAACCAUUAUCAUCAGGAGUAUGAUUGUUUAAUCUUAAAUAUAUAUCCAAGGUGUCAAGGUAAUGUGUUGGGUUGAUGGUAACAUUUAACAUGGCUGCUGCACCACUGUUGCAAUGUUUUUUCUUGUUUAUUUGAUAACUUAUGAAAGUCUGCUUAUGGAUAUCUGAAACUGCACUUUUGAAUAAAAAAAUAGAAACUUCAUAAAUUAGGAAAUGUAUACUUAGGUGUGUUGGUUACUGAUGGCAGGAGAGGAGUGUUUACUGUGCUGUAUACCAUCAGCUUGAUGCAGGUGUGGAACAGCUGUGAAUGUUGAUAACUAUAUACACUAAAUAUUUCAAAGUUUUAUCUCUAAUAUUUAGAGGAUUAAGGGAGCUUAUGUCAAAUACUGAUCCAAUGUUACACUUAUUUAAGUAAUUUAUUAUUUUACUUAAUUGUGAAUUUAAAAUUGUGACUUCUUUCUACCAGUUUCAGAAACCGACAACAUCAGACUGACCAUAACUGACUGACCAUGCACCAUAACUUUGCAUCACAGUAUCUGACUUACUCCCAAGUUAUCAAUCUGUGCUCCACACGCCCCAAGUCACUAUCACGAUGAAUAUCAGUGGGUAAUAUAUGUAUAUUUUUUUUACUUCAGUGAUUUGAAAAAAAUGGCUAGAUAAUGCAGGCUUGAAGAUGUAUUCAAUGAAUGCUAUUGAAAUCUUACCCAUUUUGUGUCUUCCCUCUUAUCAACUUGGCCUCAGCUUUCCUUCUAUACUUCAAGAGAUGAUAUAGAAACAAAAUUUGUCAAGUGCACAGCAGUAAGAAAUAACCCUAAGUGGCUCACAUGGCUGCUACAUGCUUGCUGGAUAAGGUUGUGGAAAGUUUUAGCUAGCUUCAUUUUCAUAACAAAUGACAUCCAGAAUAGUAGGCUUUAGUAUCAUGACUUGUAAGUACCUUGGUAUUUUACCUCUCUCGUGCUGUAAAAACUUGUUCUGUUUGAUUUAUAUCUAUUUUGUAUGGUAUGUUUGUAUUUGUACAUGUAUUUCUCAAAUAUGCUUUGAUAUAUGCUGCAUAUAUUUCAGCCAUGUAUAAUAUCAAUAUAUGUCAUCACAUGCAUAAAAAUAGAUUGUUCCUUGCAUCAAUGAAUCCAUAGAAAGUUCAUGAGUUUAUAGGGCAGAGUUAUAGGAAGUACACUAGGGUUUCAUUUUAUGUGUGCUUGAUGCAGCUAAUUCGCAGUUAUGCACUGAACAUAUUCCUACAGAAAAUUCACUAAAAGCAUCCAAAAUUCACACGUGUGGUGUGCAUGCUACUUUCCACCCACGUACCAUGAUGCUGCAAUGUCUCUUUGUGUUCCAGCUUUUCGCAUCACACACAUCUCACCAGUUUUAUUAACACUUCUUGUGUGUGCACUUUUUUCCUGAUAUAUUUGCUUAGUUCUGUGAUAUUUGUGGUUUAUUUGUAAGGAUUUUGAUUGCCAUGGCUCCUCAGCAUUCUUUAUUGACUGUUAGCUCUUCAAAUAAGCUUAAAAAGACAGCAAUCAUGCUUGCCUUCCAUAAUAAGUCAGUCAUUCAGUUUUCUUCAGCUCCAGGAAUAAAUAAAUAGAAUCCUCAUAAUCUAAUGAUAACAAAAAAGAGGAAAAAAAGUAAUAUUCAUCAAUCUUGAAUUAAGAAAGGAAAUUCUUUGGCUAUAAUGAUAUUCAGAAACUCACCAUUGUCUCUUGUUCACCAUGUGGGACCUCUGCAAUUGUUAUUUUUGACAAGUAAUUAUGUGUUCAUAUAUGGACAGUUAAAAGAAAGUUUUCACAUAUCUCAUGUUUAUAAUGUUACUUAUAGUGCCUUGUAGUGUUGUAUGUUUUGGAUAGAAAGGAUGACGUAUGGAUAUAAAAUAUAAAUAAUAUGUGUGGAACAUCUCUUUUUCUUACUGAAAUAAACAAUUAUUAUGUGCAGUUUCACUGUACGUGUGGUAUUUGUAGAAUAAAAUCUUUAUUUAAGGAGACCCUAGUGUACUACAUGUUUAUGGAGUGGAAAAAUGCUUUUAAAACUGGAAAGUUUGAAUUAGUAGCAUGGCUCCUGUAAGUCGGUAUAAGGCUUAAUGGUUGGUUCCAAAUCCAGACUGGAGGAUUAAUUUUUUUCUUUAUAAUCAUCUCUUGGAAGGAGUUUUCAAAUAAAUAAGAAAGGUACAUUUACAGAUAUUCAAUACACCAAUAUUUGUGUCCAUUUUUAUAAUUCAAGAAUAGCUUUGAUAGGCUACAAUGCCAAAUCUAUAUGGAGUUUGCAGUUUAGGAUCUGACCAUUAAAUAUUAUUGGUACUGAGUGUGAAUGAUGGACUGUUUGUCAAGUGGUGGUUGGAGUGAAGGGUUUUCCAGAGUUUCCGAAUGAGUGUUGGUGUUGACUCAGCAAGUGUGUGCAUAUUUGUGCAGGUCUGUAUCACAUGGUUAAAUGGCUCUCCUGGACUUAAGUAAAAUGUGUAUAUUUAGACAACAGCUUCCCAGCAGCAUCAAGAAGAGAGAUAGUGGGUUAGAUGCAGUGGCAAGGGACAUGAUCUCAGCUUGCAGUGUAGCCAACAGGAAAGGCAGAGCAAGACGUGGAGAUUUUUACCAGCCAGGUGAGCCAAGUAAUGAAUUGUUAAUUUUCACUUUGGGACACGUGUCUGGGUUACAAUGAAGUUACUUGAUUAAUAUUUUUAUGUAUAUUUCUUUUUAUGUAUAUUUUUGGUGUUCCAAUAUUUAUAGACAAUUAGUGAAUUUAUAUAAUGUCAGUAUUUGAUAAAAGUUAUCUCUAAUUAUGGCAUAAUUUGAUAAAUCUACGUAUUCUAAGGGCUAUUAGUUAUCAUUUAAUUAGUAUCGCCUCAUAAUGAUUUAUAAUUUUCAUAUUCGGUUAUGAAUCUUCAAUAGUCCUCAUAUUGAAUGUAUAGAGAUAUUAAAUUUAACAGUUCACUAAAUGUAUCACUUAUUUUUUUAUAUAAUAAAUAGUAUAUUGCCA